GCGGCCUCGCCGCACCGGGAGCAGGGGUACAGGCAUCAGGCAUGGAUGGGAAGAAAUGCAGUGUAUGGAUGUUUUUACCUCUUGUUUUUACCUUGUUUACAUCUGCUGGAUUGUGGAUAGUAUACUUCAUAGCUGUGGAAGAUGACAAAAUUUUCCCAUUAAAUUCAGCUGAAAGGAAACCUGGUGUGAAGCAUGCACCAUAUAUAAGCAUUGCAGGUGAUGAACCUCCUGCAAGCUGCGUGUUUAGUCAAGUUAUCAACAUGGCAGCAUUCCUAGCUCUUGUGGUAGCUGUUCUGCGCUUCAUACAACUGAAACCAAAGGUUUUAAAUCCGUGGCUGAAUAUUAGUGGCUUGGUGGCUCUCUGUCUGGCUUCCUUUGGAAUGACCUUACUUGGUAAUUUUCAGCUCACAAAUGAUGAAGAAAUCCAUAAUGUCGGAACUUCCUUGACUUUUGGGUUUGGCACGUUGACCUGCUGGAUUCAGGCGGCAUUGACGCUCAAAGUCAACAUCAAGAAUGAAGGACGGAAGGUUGGAAUUCCACGAGUUAUUCUCUCCGCGUCUAUCACUCUCUGCGUGGUCCUCUACUUCAUCCUCAUGGCGCAAGGCAUCCACAUGUACGCCGCCAGGGUUCAGUGGGGCCUGGUCAUGUGCUUCCUGUCUUACUUUGGCACCUUUGCUGUGGAGUUCCGGCAUUAUCGCUACGAGAUUGUUUGCUCCGAAUACCAGGAGAACUUCCUAAGCUUCUCAGAAAGCCUGUCUGAAGCUUCCGAAUAUCAAACCGACCAAGUGUAACCCUUCAGCUUUUCCUUGCUGGGGAGGUGGGUGUGGCAGCGAGGGAGGGGCCAGGACACACCCAUAGGACUUGACACAUAACCUCGUGACACACCACACACACACACCCCCGCAGAAACACACAUUCGUGGCCACAUUUGCCAAAUGAGCUUUUCAGGGCGAGUUAUUUAACGAAAAAGCACAAGCCCUGUGUGUCGAAACACAUGCUGUUACACUGAAAAUAUAACGCACGACAGAGCAAGAAGCUUGUGCAUGAUCACGUCUUUUCCCCUCUCUCCCAACACCCGCGUUCUUAUUGUCCUCUUCACGUACUCCAGCCACCGUGAUCACCCUACUUUGGGUAGGGCAGGCCAAAUGUGACGUGGGAACAACGCCAACUCCCAACGUUGCCUUCAGACCCAAAGGGCUUGGAACCAGCUCAUGAAGAAAUUGUGAAUCUGGCUCUUGAAUGGACCGAGUAUCAUUUACUUGGACAGGCACUGUAUAGAGAUGUGACCCCUCGUAACCUGCAGACGAUGUGGGAUCAAGGAUGGAACUUUCCCAAAGAAACUCCCUUCAUCAUCGUUCAGCGGUCAGCUGACCAGAUUCAACGCUAUAAGCUGUGAGAGGGAAGCCCACCACGUGAGUUGGACUUUCCUGUGACUGAGAAAUAUUUGCCAGUGUGAAUAUCUGCAGGACCAAGGUCUGCCAGGCAUGGAGAGAUGGGGGCAGCCAGGGUGUGGUUUCGUUUUUGCUUCCAUAGUACGCUAUGUUUGGUUUUUAUUUUCUACUUCAUGAUUUGCCUUUUUUUUUUUCCGUAAGUAACUACCAUGGGUCUUUCGAGGUCUCAUGGAUAAAGAAGGUUUAGACCAAAUGCCAGAGAUAAACUUGUUUGGGGUUCAACCAUGAUAAAGCGGGGGGGAAAGGUCACCUGUAGGCUCAAUUUUAUGUUUGAAGCUAAGAAUAUUCACAGAAAAGCACAAAGGUAAGAAAAAGAACUCCUUCUGGACAUUUGUCAAAGAUAGGAGUUUUAGAGCAUCUUGUUGGAGGUUCACAUAAGAGGGGAGUUUCUCAAAUGUACCUAUCGCUUAAAUUUUGUAUUGGGGUGGGGGAGGUUAAGGGCUUUUCACACUCAGAAUUUGUAGGAGCCAAUUAGAAGGGUACCCUCCCCCCAAAAAACAAAUUGGUUCAGCUGGUCCCCUACAACCCAGCAUGCAGUUUCCACCUGCAAAGAGUUUAGAACGCAAACUGUAGGCCUGGGCUUUAUAGAGGCUGUGUUUCAUAAAAAUGAGCAGAAUUCUAAAUUCAAAAUGUCUUGGAGUAGGCCAAGCUGACAGACGCUGUGAGUGCACUUUGUUUCAAGAAAUCCCCAAAUUCACUUCGCAGGGACUUGAGAUUUCAAGGACUAUAAUGUGAACAAUGUUUUUUAAUUAAACACAAACUCUGAGCUUCUUGAGGAGGGGGGUUCAAUCACUUUUCACUUCUGUAUUUAUCCCCACUUUUAGCACAGUGCCUGGCACACAUUAGGUGCUCAACCAACAUCUGUUGACUAGAAUUCCUGGUAAUUUAGAGUAGGAAAAGGGUGUAUCAGAGAAAGACUCAAAGAUGAAUGAGAGAGAAGAUAACCAUUUCCUGCAAGAUAGGAAUGGAAGAAAUCAUGAGGUGGUGCAGGGAGAAUGCCUCUAACAGCCAAGUAAAAUGUGAGAAAAAGAGUGUUCUCCUAUUAGAAAGGCAUCUUACUGUAAAUAGUCCAAGGUGACAUUUGUUAUUUUUGAAUACUGCUUUGGAGGGUUUUUUUUUUCAUUUUUAUAUUUUAAAAAUUUUAUCAAAGAACAAAGAUUUAUGAAGUUUUCUUUUACUCUACACAAUCCAAGUUAAAUAGCUUUUGGUGAUGCACUGUACACUUUUUAAGAGUAUAUCUAAUAGCACAUUUUAACAGAAUCAAGCAAUGACUGGCAUUAUUCAUCGAGAUCUGAUCGCUAAAUAAAAUUCUUUU